GUUAGGCAAGAGACAAGAAGGGAUUCAUGUCUUCUCUGAACUUCACCACCGCCUCCCACCCCCCCACUUUCCUCCUGCUUGGCAUCCCGGGCCUGGAGAAGGAGCAGUUCUGGAUUGCCUUCCCCUUCUGCAUCACGUACGCCUUAGGUGUGCUGGGGAACAUCAUCCUGCUCAUCGUCAUCAAGACAGAGCCAAGCCUGCAUGAGCCCAUGUACCUCUUUCUGGCCAUGCUGGCCUGCACUGACCUGGUCCUCCCUACAUCCAUGCUACCCAAAAUGCUCGCCAUCUUCUGGCGGGGCUCCAAGGAGAUUGGCUUUGUUGCCUGCCUUGUUCAGUUGUUUUUUGUCCACUGCUUCGCAAUUCUGGAGUCAGGCGUGCUCAUGGCCAUGGCCUUGGAUCGCUAUUUUGCCAUUUGCCAUCCCCUGCGGCACUCCAGCAUCCUCUCCACGCAGGUGGUGGCAGCUCUCGGGAGCCUGGUGCUGCUGCGUGGAGUCCUCAUGGUGAGUCCCACAUGCUUCCUGCUCCAUAGGCAGGACUUCUGCCAGCAUCAUGUCAUCUCCCAUUCCUACUGUGAACACAUGGCCGUGGUCAAGCUGGUAUGCGAGGACACCAGAGUCAAUGCUGCCUAUGGCAUCGCUGUGGCUUUUGCAGUGGCAGCUUUUGACCUUACUGUGAUCACCGUGUCCUACACUAUGAUUGUGCGGGAGGUUCUGAAGCUGCCAUCCUCAGACACACAGAUCAAGGCCUUUAACACAUGUGUAUCCCACAGCUGUGUCAUCCUUGUGUUUUACGUCCCUGCCCUAUUCACAUCUCUCACCCACCGCUUUGGACACAGCAUCCCUCAGCACGUCCAUAUACUGGUGGGCAACCUCUACAUGCUGGUGCCCCCCACAUUAAACCCCAUCAUUUAUGGGCUCAGAACCAAGCAACUCAGGGACAAGAUUGUUCUUCUCAUCCAGUGGAAGGGAACCUGACCUGUGUCUAUGUGCCACAAAUUGAACUCAUGAUUUAUAGGGAACCCUG